CUCUCUCUCCCUCUCUCUCUCAAUCAUUAGACUUGGGUCAUCUCUCUCUGAACACCCCACAUCCCUUCUCCUUUUCUAGUUCUAUUUUCUAUUCAAUUUCUCUCGCGCGGGGGCCAUGAGCACCGCUGACCGCGCCAUGAACGGCGGGCCCGCGCCAGUGCAGCAGCAGAAGAGGCAGAUAACGGCGGGGGUGGUGGUGGGGGGAGGAGGAGGAAGCAGCGGCGGGACCGUGGCCGUGAAGAAGGCGCCACCCAAGGACCGGCACAGUAAGGUGGACGGGCGAGGGCGGCGCAUCCGCAUGCCCAUCAUCUGCGCCGCCCGGGUUUUCCAGCUCACUCGCGAGCUCGGUCACAAGUCCGACGGCCAGACCAUCGAGUGGCUUCUCCGCCAGGCCGAGCCCUCCAUCAUCGCUGCCACUGGUUCCGGUACCAUCCCGGCCUCCUUUUCCACCACCUCGCCCUCCGUCGCCACCUCCUCGAAGCCCACCUCCUCUCCGGCGCCCUUCAUCCUCGGCAAGCGCCUCCGGGCCGACGCCGCAGACGACUCCGCCAAGUACGACCGCUUCAUUGCUGCCGGAGGUGGGGCGACGAUCGGAAUCGGGCCAGCGACCGGGUUCUGGGCCUUGCCCGCCCGGGCGGACUUCGGGCAGGUCUGGAGCUUUGCCGCGCCGGAGAUGGUGGCGUCGCAGCAUGCCGCCUUCACCGGGACGUUCGCCGGGCAGCCUAUGGGGGAAGCAUCCGCUGCAAGAGUAGGGAAUUACCUCCCCCUAGCUGGGCACCUCAACCUGCUGGCCUCGCUGUCAGGACCACCUGGUGCCACCUCCGCUGCGGCAGCCGCUCAGGCGGAAGACGAAACCCGCUGAUAGCUUCGGUAUUUUUAGCUUUAGCUGAUUAGUGUUCCCACCUCCUAUCGAAUUAGAAAAGAUUAGGUUUGUGGAGUUUGGAUUGGCAUUAGAGUAGAGUUCGAUUGGUUCUCUCGUUACCCCCCUUUCUUGUUGAUUAGUCUCAGUUCAGAUUCCAUGGUUGUCUGGUCUCGAGUGCUUCGUGACGGAGGAAUCAAGUCAAAUGUAGACACUGCUGAAGUUGAAAUCCUGUGAAGAAGCACCGUGAAGAUGUGCAUUGGAAAUCAAGAAGUCCAAUGUGCUAUGAUGAACAAGGCCUGGGAGCUGUAAGGUUUGUGAUUCUAGAUAGGUGACAUAUUUGUAUCAGCAUGGCUGGGAGAACCCGAGAGAAUCCGAUUGCAUGGAAGCCUCUGUUUCCAGUUCCGUAAGUUCUCCACUGUCAAAGCUCCAUGUGUACUCUACGAGUAUUUUCUCUGUUUUUUCUUGGAUUUUGCCUGUGUGACAAUAACGUGGUUUCUGCGUAUGUAAUUCUGGAUUGUUUGAGAUGUGCGAGUGCAAAUAAACUCUAGUUGUUCUUCCUGCA